AAAAAGUUAUGGGGAUCAACCCUUGUCUUAAUUUGUGCCAAUCUCUUGAAGUUUCCCUUGAAGUACUUCAAACCCCAAACACUUGCUUCUGAGUAGCUUGUGUUAGGAGUAUGAUGAUUGCGGUUUCUACCUAAAUCAAGAUCCCUAUAGUUGGCAUAUGCAGCUCUUGGGGAUCUUGAAACAUAUGGAGUCAUAUAGCUAUGAAGCAUUCUCAUCCAAUUUACAUGCCUAUUGGAUGCUUGAAUGCUGUUGUCAUCCCACUUAACCAAGUACUGUAUGUUGUACAAGUUUCCCUUCCUGUGUGGAAAAGGGAUUUCAUAUUCUGAUAUCUCAUUCAUCCUACCACCGUAGGGAUCCAUUAUUAGCAAUGCCAAUGCAUCUUCUCUUAGAAGCAAAUUCCAAAUCCCUUGUAGCCCAAUUUCCGGUAUAGGAUCCAUCACAAAGUCAGACUUGGCCUUGAAGGAGCUCUUUCUUUAGCUUCCAACCUCAAUGUCUUUUACAAGCGCAUCAUUUAUGGUGCGCAGAUACUAUCUAUCAUUGCUUUGUCACUUUGAGCAAGCGUAUUACUUUCGGAAACAAGUCCCUCCUUCCUCAACACCUGGCGAAACAAAAAAAGAUCCUGCAAAUAGGAGUCUCGUUGAUAGCUUCACACCCUUUGGUGAAGCCGGUAAAACACAGCAGCUUGGUUCUGUGGUGCCUGGAACAAUUGAUGGGAAGUUUGAUGGUGGUUAUAUAGUUACAGUGAAUCUGGGUUCUGAACAGGUGAAAGGUAUUCUAUACCAUGUUCCCAUCAGUUUGUCCCAGAGUUCUAAUACUGUUGGUGUCCAUGGUUCACGGAAACGAAAGAAAUCUAGAUUGGCAUUAGGCGAUCCAUCUCGGCCGAAGUCAAACAAGAGUGGCUACUAUUUCUUCUUUGCUGAGAAUUAUGCCAGGUUGAGGCCCUUAUUCCAUGGUGAAGAGAGAGCGAUUAGUAAGAGGAUUGGGUUUCUAUGGAACAAUCUAACAGAAGCAGAAAGACAGGUUUAUCAGGAGAAAGGGCUGAGAGAUAAGGAAAGAUACAAGACUGAAUUGUUGGAGCACAAGUCGUCCAAUAAUUGAACUACUCAAUAGACAAAUUCUCUUACUACGAAUGUGCUUUUAUCCCUUUCUAUAGUUUAGUUUUCUUUAACAUUGUAGUUAGAAAUACCCCAUGGAAAACUGAUGGCUAUUAAUAGCCUUGGUGUAAUGUAGAAUAUAUGAAAUUUAUGAUCUUUUAUAGCAUCUAAUUUUGAAAAAGAAAUAACGAGUAAAUGUCUAAAAUGAUCC